AUGUCUUUAUCAGUAACACCUUCAAAAGGGCCGAAAGGCCCUUCCUGGGUCCAUGAGAAUCCCUACCUGACAAUAGGAUGGGAGGAGACCAGCGAAUCUGGUGCGCCAUCGCUCAAACAUUCUGCAAUGCGACAGACGCUCUCUGACCAAAGUAUCUUGACACCGGAAUUAUUUGCCAAUGUUCCGUGGACAAUUGCGAAGUAUCUCUGGGACUGUCUUGGAAAGAGCAACAAGAGAACACUAUACAUAUGGAAAUUAUUGGUGACAGCAUAUCCAUCCUAUUUCCGAGAGAUCUCUCGGUACCGUCUCAUGAAAAUCGAAGGGCCUCGUAUGCCAAUACGAGAUUAUCUAGACCAGGUUAAGAGUGACACUCUGCAUUGGGGCGUCACAUUGACCCUCUUCACCUCAUUCGCGAGUGUCCCCGAACUGGUGGAGAUCGCCAAUGUCAAGAAUCUCGUCGCGCUAGAGCUCAAUACAUCAUCCGAGCUGGAAACUUUUUCCAAUGAGACUGAUUUGCCAAUGACGGCGCUUAACGAUCGGAUUGUCCGGACAUGGAGUGAGCUGGCAACGUCUGGUGCAUUUGCGCAUCUGAGGGUCUUGAGGAUCUCACAUCAGAAGCAGGUGUCACCGGUUAUCUUGCGGUUCUUGAGAUCGUUUCCAUCUUUGCGUUUGCUUGUCAUAUGCGACUGUCCGAACAUUGGCCGUCUUUUUAAGAAGAGCAGCAAAGCAAUCGAAGGGUGGCAACCGGCGGACAUUCUAGUUGGUGAGAAUGAUUCCAAUGCAGCACAUGAUAAGCUUUACGGGUGCUACAGGGCUAGCUUCGCAACGGAUGAAGAUAUGAAAGUACCCGAUGUCCCUAUCCUAAGCUUCCAGGUCGGCCGGGAAAUGCGCCGGUCAACCAAUACGCCAUCGUUUGACACUAUUUACUUGGUACGACAAGGUCACCCGGAACAUGAGACACCCGAACCUGCUGCCAAAAGACAGAAAGUACCUGGAAAACACAGCAGAGCGACAAUGCGAGAGCAUAAAGGGAGAAACCUCGACAGUGUCUUGCAGGAGUUUCUGUAA